GUUUGUACACCGCGGGUCGCCAACAACAAGAGUGGUCUCUGCGAUAAGACGGAUGUGUCAGUCGUCAGCCAUGUGGCGAGCGGUGGUUCUGCUCGCGGCCGUCUCUUGCGCCAGCGCCAGGGAGUUCACCUCCGAAGAAAUUUAUAAGCUGCCGGAGCUGUAUCAGAUCGAUGACUAUGACCGCUGUCUCUCCCAGCCCGGAGCUCUGUACUGUGUGGGCACGUUCCGUCUGACUGCGGACCGGCAGGCGCCGUCCUACCGCUACUACCGCAUGAUCGAGGAAUACUCUUCAGAUCCCUUGCACUUCAACCGGCGGCUGCUGCAUCGCGGCUACUGCGUCUCCAGCCGCUGCACUUCCACUGGGUCCAACUCCUCCGAACUGUUCCUGAACUGUGUGCGGGAAUAUGAAAAGCAGCUGGGCAUGGAAAUCUCGCUCGAGACCCACAAGUGUGACGUCAAUUCAACUCACUUGGAAGCUGCCAAAGACAAUUAUGACGAGAUUAUAUUUUGGGUUGUUGGAGCUUUGCUGUUGCUCAAUUUUCUUGCAACACUUUACGAUACAUUUGUAACCUCCGAUAAAAAGAACAAAUUUGUGUUGGCUUGGUCUGUGCCGUAUAAUUGGGAUCGGUUAACCAGAUCACACGCCGUUGAGAAAGACGGCUCGUCCUCACCGCUACUGCUUUUUCAAGGAACGAGGUUACUCAUGAGUGUCAUAGUGAUCAACACUCAUUUACUGAUAAUAUCGCAUCAGCUAUUCAUCAACAAUCCACACGAUUUAGAAAAAAUUUACAAAACAAACAUAAUGAUGAUAAUGAGAAACGGGACCAAUUUCGUACAAUUAUUCGUGAUGAUAUCGAACUUUCUGUUAACCUACAGCUUGAUUCAGAUUUCUAAACGCAGAAAAGUAGGGUUCCUACAGCUUCCAGUAUUCGUAGCCCAUAGAAUAAUACGGUUGUUACCAGUUCAUCUUCUGGUGGUGUGGUUCGCGGCGACGUGGUGGCGCUACACCGGCGACGGGCCGCUGUGGCCGAACCUGGUGCUCCAGGAGAGCGACGUCUGCCGCCGCAAGUUCCUCUGGCACGCGCUCUUCCUGCACAACCUCGUCGACAAUGACGACCACUGCUUGCCGCAAACCUGGUUCGUGGCUGUGGACAUGCAGAUGUUCAUCGUGGCCAGCCUGGUGUUGAUCACGCUGAUGAAAACCGGACGAAAGCCUUUACCGAUUCUGUCCACUCUGUUUGUGCUGUGCGUUAUUAUGAACGGAUGUCUGGCAUAUUAUUUCGGUUGGAAACCCCCGCUACAUAUAGUGAACCCAGAAGGUUUCCGAAAUUUCUUCCGUGGUUCAAGAACGCUGCGAAACUUCUAUAUAUCGCCGUGGGGCAGUCUCCCCGCCUGCUUACUCGGGAUCAUGAUGGGAUACGUGUACGAAGAGAUACGGGAGGGCAGACUGAACUUCAGUAAUAACACACUGUUCAUGUGGUUCUCUCACAUGUCGCUGCCGCUGGCGUUCUCAUGGGUGUUGGCGGGCAGCUGGGUAGUCCAGCAGCAGGCGCCGCUGUUCAGCGCCCUCUACCUCGCGGUGGAGAGGCCCGUCCUCUGCGCUCUGCUCUGCGUCCUCUUCAUUGGAAUGGCCACCAGCGCUGAUAAUAUAAUCAGACGCGUUCUGUCUUGGCGCGGCGCUCACGUGCUGGGCCGCCUGUCGCUGCCCGUGCUGAUGGUGCACUGGUGCAUCAUCAAGGUCAUCAUGGGUUCCCUGAGAACGCUCACCGACUACAGCCUCCUCAGUACUGCGAUAGAGACGUUCGCGACAUGUUUCUUCUCCUACUGCCUCGCUGUGCCCCUCACGCUCCUCGUGGAGAUGCCGCUCAUGAAGACCUUCACCUCCGUGCUGAUGGACUGAGUCUGUCUCGGCCGAUAGAGACGUUCGCGACAUGUUUCUUCUCCUACUGCCUCGCUGUGCCCCUCACGCUCCUUGUGGAGAUGCCGCUCAUGAAGACCUUCACCUCCGUGCUGAUGGACUGAGUCUGUCUCGGCCGAUAGAGACGUGCGCGACGUGUAUCUUCUCCUACUGCCUCGCUGUGCCCCUCACGCUCCUCGUGGAGAUGCCGCUCAUGAAGACCUUCACCUCCGUGCUGAUGGACUGAGUCUGUCUCGGCCGAUAGAGACGUUCGCGACAUGUUUCUUCUCCUACUGCCUCGCUGUGCCCCUCACGCUCCUCGUGGAGAUGCCGCUCAUGAAGAACUUCACCUCCGUGCUGAUGGACUGAGUCUGUCUCGGCCGAUAGAGACGUGCGCGACGUGUUUCUUCUCCUACUGCCUCGCUGUGCCCCUCACGCUGCUCGUGGAGAUGCCGCUCAUGAAGACCUUCACCUCCGUGCUGAUGGACUGAAUCUGUCUCGGCCGAUAGAGAUGUGCGCGACGUGUUUCUUCUCCUACUGCAUACCGCUGAUAUGGUCAUCAUCAAAGACAAGCCUCCAGAUUUGACUUUCAGCGAAAUGUUACGUUUGCCAAA